UCUUCUCUUCUCUUUCUUUUGUGUUUCAGAGCCAUGGCUUUUGCUCAGAAAGCCAUGUUUAUGUUCUUCUUGGUUAUGGCUGCUGCUUUGGAGGUCUCCUUGGGUGCUGUCUACAAGGUUGGGGAUGCUAAAGGUUGGACUACUCUUGGAAAAAUUAACUACACUGCCUGGGCUGCCAGUAAGAACUUUCAUGUUGGUGAUACCAUCCAUUUCGAGUACAGCAAGCAAUUCCACAAUGUGAUGCAAGUGACACAUUCGGAUUUCCAAGCCUGCAAUGUUUCAUCCCCAAUGCUCACAUACGCCACUGGCAACGACUCUGUUGUCAUCAAGAAGACUGGCCAUUACUACUUCCUGUGCGGUGUCCCCGGCCAUUGCCAGCUUGGACAGAAGGUUGAUAUCCGCGUUCCCAAGUCUUCUGUAGCCACGGCCCCUUCUCCAUAUGGUUCUGCUUCUUCCCCCAUAGCUUCCACUACCUCUUCACCUUCUGGUGCAGUUGCAGGGGCUCCUGGGCCCUCUCAGAAAAGCAGUGCUCCUUACCCUUCUUCCAAUGGGUUUGUGGGUAAGCUUGGAAUGGCCUUGUUGGCCUUAGCUGUUUCUGUUUGUGUGUUAGAUUACUAGGAGAGUUGGAGAUAUUCUGUUAGCUUAUUGGGUUUUACAUUGGGCGGAUGCAUCUGUUCUAGUGGGAGUUAUUAUACUGAACAUUUGUAGGUGGAUAUUUGGUCAACUUUUACCAGUUUUUGUUUGUGAUUUGGAUUUCACAGAAUUCUUACAUUAUGUUUGUUCCAUAAUCCAUCUUCUUGGUAUUAAUUGGAUGGAAGUACAUUUAGAGUGGA